AUGGAACUUUUGCAGAAGUGGUGGCUCAUCCUCUGUUGCCUCCUGGCCUGGGCUGAUGCAGCCCCCAUGUACGGCGAGAUCCUGUCCCCUAACUACCCUCAGGGGUACCCCAAUGAUGUGAAGGAGUCCUGGGAAAUCAGUGUGCCCCCAGGGUAUGGCAUCCGCCUCUAUUUCACCCACCUAGACAUAGAGCCAUCCCAGGACUGCGAGUAUGACUCUGUGAAGAUCCUGUCCGGUGACCAUGUCGAGGGCCUGCUCUGUGGGCGAAAGCGCAGCAGAGACCCUGGCUCCCCAAUCCUGGAGGAAUUCUAUGUCCCUUAUAACACCCUGACUGUGACUUUCCAGUCAGACUUUUCCAAUGAGGAGCGUUUCACUGGUUUCAGUGCCUAUUAUGUUGCAGUGGAUGUGAAUGAGUGCAUGGAUUUCAUGGAGGAUGCCUGCAGCCACUAUUGCAAUAACUACAUUGGUGGUUACUUCUGCUCCUGUCCCCCAGAGUACUUCCUGCAUGAGGAUCAGAAGACGUGUGGAGUGAACUGCAGUGGGAGUGUAUUCACUGAACUGUCAGGGGAAAUGUCCAGCCCCAACUACCCCAACCUGUACCCUGAGAGCUUGAGCUGUGAAUACCGCGUGGUCCUGGAGCCGGGCUACCGUGUGGUGCUGAACAUCAGGAGUGGGGACUUUGAUAUAGAACCAGCCGACUCAGAAGGGAACUGCCCCGACAGCUUAACAUUCACAGAUGGAAAACAACAUUUUGGUCCCUAUUGUGGCAACAAAUUCCCAGGGCCUCCAGAAAUUAAAACCAGGAGCAAUAUUCUUGAUAUUGUCUUCCAAACAGACAAAACAGCACAAAAGAAAGGCUGGAAAAUGCGCUACUUCGGGGACCCAAUACCCUGUCCCCAGCGUGUCACCCCAAACUCUAUUCUUGACCCCCUAAAGGACAACUACAUCUUCAAGGACUACGUGAAGGUGACCUGCAUGAAAGGUUAUGAGGUUGUGACGCAACAAGGCAGCCUAGCAGCCUUUCACUCCAGCUGCCAGAGUAAUGGAGAAUGGAGCAACUUGCACCACAAAUGUGUCCCUGUGGACUGUGGUGUGCCUGACACUAUUGACAAUGGCAGAGCCACCUACCAGUCAGGAUUUGAGAAGACUCAGUACGGAGCCAGUAUCUGCUAUGGCUGCGAAGGACCAUAUUAUACCCUGCAAACCAGAGGGGACGGGGUUUAUCGGUGUUCAGCCAGUGGGAAAUGGGUGAGCAAAGAGAUGGGAACAGAGCUUCCAGCAUGUGUCCCAGUCUGUGGGAUCCCCAGUACACCCAUUCAGGAGCAGCAGAGGAUUUUUGGGGGCACCCGUGCUAAGCCAGGCAACUUCCCCUGGCAGGUCUUAUUCCAAAACCCACGGGGAGGUGGGGUACUUAUUUCGGACCUCUGGGUGCUGACUGCAGCUCAUGUGCUGGAUGAUUCAAAUAGCAAGCCCACAAUGUAUGCUGGGGUAACCAACAUCAACCAACAGCUCCAGAGGGAGGAGCCCAUACAGCUGUUUGAAGAAGAAGUGUUCAUUCACCCUAACUGGACAAAGGUGGUAAACCCAGAAGCUCGGACAAAUUUUGAUAAUGACAUUGCACUGCUGAGGCUGAAGGCGCCUGUGAAGAUGGGCCCCAAGAUCUCACCACUCUGCCUCCCUGGUGGUUCCCCUGAAUAUGAGCUGGAGAAAGGCAGACUGGGCUACAUAUCUGGCUGGGGCCGGACAGAGGACCGAAACAGAGUUUACCAUCUCAUGAAGGCACAGAUCCCUGUGGUGGACAUGGCACAAUGCCGUAGUGUUAAGCCGAAGCCACCUGCUGAUCCCACCACUUUCCAAUUCACUGACAACAUGGUCUGUGCUGGAGAUGGCACAAAGGACAGCUGUUCCGGGGACAGUGGCGGAGCCUAUGCCAUCAAAGACCCCCACAAUGACACUCGGUACUAUGUGGGUGGCCUGGUCUCCUGGGGACCACGGUGUGGCACAUAUGGCCUUUACACCAGAGUGCAGCGCUACCGGGACUGGAUCUUGGGGACCAUGAGCCGAUACGAGGUGGCAGAGGGAUCACACAAAUAG